ACAGGUCAUAAAGAUUCUAUCCCUCUCUCUCUCUCUUAACUGCCUGCAGCAGCAGCAUAAAGUUCAAAUCGCUUUCUCAAUUUACGGUUACCAUUUUUUCACUUUCUCUGCAACCUCCGGAGAUAUAGCGAGCGAGCGACGUGAAAUCAAAACUGAUGGGAGCGUAUUGCAACGACGACCUAAACAUGCCGGUUUACUCCGCCGGCGCUCCGACGAACGAGCUCCGAUUCAGCAAGCACGUCUACGACAACGUUCAUGGCAACAUCUACCUCGAUCCUCUUUGCUUGAAAUUCAUUGACACGGAGCAGUUUCAGAGGCUUCGUGAACUAAAGCAGCUUGGAGUGACAAACAUGGUAUACCCGGGAGCUGUGCAUUCUAGGUUUGAGCAUUCUCUAGGUGUGUAUUGGCUUGCAGGCGAAACUGCACAGAAGCUAAAAACUUUUCAGGGAAUGGAGCUCGACAUUGACAAACAUGAUCUUCAGACUGUGAGACUUGCCGGACUUCUCCAUGAUAUUGGCCAUGGGCCUUUUAGCCAUAUGUUUGAGCGUGAAUUCCUGCCAAAGGUCAUGAGUGGCUGUGAGUGGUCUCAUGAGUUAAUGUCGGUAAAGAUGAUUGACCAUAUUGUUGAUACGCAUAACAUUGAUAUUGAUGCUCAAAUGCUGAAAAGAGUGAAGGAUAUGAUCCUAGCGAGUACUGAAUUUUCGCAGCUGAAAAGCAACGCGGAAAAACGUUUCUUGUAUGACAUUGUUGCGAAUGGUCGAAAUGGGAUUGAUGUGGACAAGUUUGACUACCUUGUUCGUGAUUCUCGAGCAUGUGGACUGGGAUGCAACUUUCAGUUUCAAAGACUGACAGAGACGAUGAGAGUCAUGGACAACGAAAUCUGUUAUCGCGCUAAGGAGUACCGUAAUGUUCACAAGUUAUUUGCAACACGAGCUGAUCUCUAUCGAACUGUCUACACACAUCCGAAAGUAAAGGCAAUAGAGCUUAUGAUAGUAGAUGCCAUGGUCAAAGCCAACGAUUAUUUGGGGAUUUCUACUAACAUUGACGACCCGGCUGAAUACUGGAAGUUGGACGAUACAAUCCUCAAAACCAUUGAAAUAGCUCCAGAUUCAGAACUUGCAGAAGCUAAAGAACUGAUCCUCCGUGUUCGGAGAAGGCAGCUGUACCAAUUCUGUAACGAGUAUGCGGUUCCCAAGGAAAAAAUUGAACAUUUCAAAGCUGUGACUGCUCAAGAUAUCGUCUGUUCUCAGAAGCAUACAAGCCUAACUCUAAAAGAAGAGGAUAUCGCUGUUACCAAUGUGAAGAUUGAUUUAGCUCGUGGAAGAGAAAAUCCUCUUGAAUGCAUCAAGUUCUUCAAGGAUUACGAGAGUGAAGAGAAGUUUGUGAUUCCAGAGGAACGAGUUAGUCACUUGUUACCUACAACGUUUCAAGACAUGAUUGUGAGAGUAUAUGCAAAGAAACCAGAACUGGUGGAAGCAGUUUCGGAAGCAUUUGAGAACUUCCAGUUGAGAACGUAUGGAAUCAAAGCUCAAGUUCACGAAACACCUGAGAAGAAGAAACGUCGGGUCAUGUACUAGUUACGUGGCCAUAACUCAUUUCGUUCUUCUUUUUUCUACGGUGUUGAAACUUUUCACUACGGAUUUGUGCGUAUAUACUAAGCACACGUAUAGGAUUUACAAAUAUGGCGUCAUCACCUAAAGUCUUGGAUCUUGGCAUUUUCUUUCUUUAUACGUAAGAAGAAAACAUUCUUUACGAAUCAUAUGUUACAGAUUUUAUGAUGGGACCAAUUUGGAAAUUACUUCUGAUUUGUUA